UGAAGGUGCAUCUGUCUCUUUCAGCUGGUCGUUUGGGGUUUUAAUGUGGGAGAUCUUCACGCUCGGCGGUUCUCCGUAUCCAGGAAUACCUGUCGAGGAGCUCUUUAAGCUACUAAAAGAGGGUCAUCGCAUGGACAGACCUGCUAACUGCACCAACGAAUUGUACAUGAUGAUGAAGGACUGCUGGCAUGCAAUCUCCUCUCACAGGCCCACAUUCAAACAGUUGGUCGAGGACUUGGACCGCAUUCUCACUUUGGCAACCAACGAGGAGUAUCUGGACCUGUGCGCCCCGGUGGAGCAGUAUUCUCCCAGCUUCCCCGACACACGCAGCUCCUGCUCCUCCGGAGAUGAUUCGGUAUUCUCCCACGACCCCUCAGCAGAGGAGCCCUGCCUUCCCAAGUACCAGCACAUCAAUGGAGGCAUAAAAACAUGAGCCUCUUCAGCGUUCUCCAGACCCACCGCAUCCAAGCUACGCCUGCAGUUCUCAACAAGACUGAGAGACUUUUCCCCACAGUUCCCUUGUACCCGUUCAGAACCGUAUGCUGCCUCUAGACUCCUGGCGAAGCUCCCGCUGGACUUUUGGAGUGUGCUAAAGGAGGCUGAGACGCCAGCAGUGCUGCUUUUCUGGAAAGAACCUGAAGCCUGUGAAGCGCAGGUGCUUUUUUUUGUGAAAACACACACUUGUGCGCACAAAAACAUAUGACCAAGCUCUUAAGAAGAGGACGAGGACUGAAGAAAAGUGACUGUUUCCAAGGGCAAACCAUUAGAUUUUUUUGUUUGUUUAUUUCUCAUUCCUCGUUUAUGUUGGAGUUCUAUUACAUUCUUACCGUCAUUCCGUUGCUUGGCAUUCCGGGAUUCUGUGUCCCCAAGAGAAAUGAAUGGAGCACGUGAACAGAACUCUUAAGAGACAAAAAGGAGACAAUAUGAUACAAGUACAAUAAGGAAACAUACAACUAACAGAAGAAGUAGAAAAAGAAAUCCUAACACUGCCUCCGGUUGAUUUUUAAACUGCACUGUUUUUACCAUGAUAACACAGUGAUCAUACAAGACAAGUUACAAGCAGUUAUCCUGAAUGGAUAAAACAAUGAAUACAUGGUAUAUAGUGCUGGUAUAUUUGUAAAUAUAUUCAAAUAUGUAAAAAUAUAUAUUAUAUAUUUACAAUGAAUUAUUUUUGGUAUGGACUUCCGAACAAUUCCUCCCCUUUCCCGCAGAGUAAGAUAUUUAGAUGCCUCUAGAUGUUUCUACUACAUUCCCAGACAUACAUUCGCACAUUUAUAGCAGGACUCGACAUUAAAAACUCCAUGAUAUGGUUUAUGUUUUAUGUGUUUCUUUUCUUUGGCAUGUUUUGGGAGUGUACUAGCAUUUAGAUGACCAACAUGGACUAAAAGCCAAACAACUCUCCGUUUUCAUUCAUUUGUUCCAGACACUUUGAGCCGUGGCGCUGGUUCGAAACCAGGCACACAAAAUCCCCUGGAAAAGUUUAAUGUCGGGUUCUGCACAAACUCUCACUUGCUGACACAGUCACGCAUUGGCUUUCAGGGAAAGAGAUAGCAUGUUAAUUUAUUGACUUAUGUUUUUAAAAAAAAGAAUCAAAAGGUAAAAAAGAUCAAAAUAAUAAAGAGGUAAUAUUAAUGACGACAGUAGAAACAGUUAUGAUUCAUAAUGUUUAUUUUGUAAUUUAAAAUAACAUUUCAGUGGUACAAAGAAUUAUUUCUUACGUCUUUUUAUAUAUAAGUAUACAAAUGUGAAUGGUAAGUUAAAAUGCAAAAAUAACAUACAUUUUUAUUGUCAGCUAAUCCCUUUUCUAUAGUAGAGGAUGUUGUUUUACUCACACUGAAGUUUGCAUUUGAAUUAGGUGAAAUACUGGAAAAAAAGGUUGCAGUAUAUUUGGUGCAGUUUUACCCACAACUCAAAAGUAUUAAGAAUCAUUAAAGUGUUUCAUUUUCUUCCAGACAAAUGAGCUGAGGUUGCUGUCAACAAGUGUUCCUGACAGAUUUGUAAAAUUAAAGAUGAAAAAAAUGAA